AUGGCAGCUAUUCAUGAUGAGGACCCUUUUGGUUUUGAAGAUUACUUUCCUUCAAUGAUUAAAACAUUAGGGGUUGAAAGGUUCAUGGAGGAACUAUGCCAUGGUUUUUUCUUGCUAAUGGAUGUACGUGUAGGGCUCAUUACAUUUGAAAGGUUGAAGAGGAACGCAAUGUUGAUGGGGUUGCAUGAAUUGAGAGAUGAUGAGCUUGUUUGCAUGUUGGCUGAAGGAGAUUUGGAUGGAGAUGGAGCUCUUAAUCAGAUGGAGUUUUGUACGCUCAUGUUUAGAUUGAGUCCUGGAUUAUUUAUGGAUGGAUCCAAGCCGGAUCGAGUACCAAUCAUCUCUCAAUCUGAUUUUUCUUUAGUUUCGGGUGGUACAAAUUAA